ACUGACGCAAUGGAAAGCCUUGAAACAGCUUUAAAACAGGCAGCGGCAACGAAACCCGCUGAGCAUAUCCGAAAUGUCUGUCUUGUCGCUCACGUGGAUCAUGGAAAAACCAGUUUUGCAGAUUCUCUGGUUUCAGCCAAUGCUGUUAUUUCUAGUCGAAUGGCGGGAAAAUUACGUUAUAUGGACAGUCGAGAAGAUGAACAAACACGUGGAAUUACUAUGAAAUCCAGUGGAAUCAGUUUGCUCUGUGAGCCACUUCUCAUCAAUCUCAUUGAUAGUCCGGGACACGUGGAUUUUUCUGGAGAAGUGACGUCAGCAUUGAUUCUUUCCGAUAUUGCACUUCUGUUGAUUGAUGUUAUUGAAGGAAUUUGCUCACAAACAGAAGCUCUUAUUCGUCAAGUUAUCAGAAAUGGUCAAGCAAUGAUUCUUGUUAUCAAUAAAAUCGAUCGAUUGAGAGUUGAACUGAAAAUGUCGUCAAGUGAAGCAUAUCAACAUAUGUCUCGUCUUAUUGAAGGAGUCAAUAGUUGCAUUAGUCAGGUUCUUGGAGGAAUUGUAUUAGAAGAUGAUACAUGGGGAAAUAUCGAAGAAUCGGAAGCAAAACUUCAUUUUGAUCCUGCAAAAGGAAAUGUUAUUUUCUCAUCAGCACUUCAUUCAUACGCUUUUGGAUGCGAAGACUUUGCUCAAAUAGCUGCUGAAAAAAUGAAAGUAGAAAAAUCGGCAUUACUUCCUGCAAUGUUCGGAGAUUUUUGGAUUGAUUCGACUGGGUCUAUCAGAGAUGGAGCAGCAGUUAAGAAUAAGGCAACACUGUUCGAAAGAAUCGUUUUAGAACCACUUUGGAGAAUUCACGAUCUUGGACUUGUUGAAAAUGAUGCUACCAAGCUUGCCGAAGCUGCAAAAAAGCUUGGAAUUAAUUUAAAAUCCAGAAGAGCCAAUGAAGCUUUCGACGAACUUAUGAGAACUUGGUUGCCACUUCCAAAAGCAAGUUUCAGAGCAGUAGCAAGAGCUCCAAAUGUUAGAUCAACAUUUGAUACUCAACAUCGAUUGGAUCAUCUGACAGGUCAUCGUCUGGAUCAUCCAUUAAGAAAAUUCGUUCUCGAAUGUAAUCCUGAAGCAAUGACACUGGUUUUUGUUGUGAAACUUCUUCAGACAGAAGACAAAAAUCUCACUUCUCGUAGAGCAAUUUGUCGUGUUCUCAGUGGGACACUGCGUAAAGGAGACACUUUAUACGUCCUUCAACAACAAAAUAAUAGCAGCGAAGUGACUUCUACAAAAAUCGAUCGAAUUUCAAUUCUUCGUGGUCGUGAUUCAAUUCCAACCGAUACAGUAACAUCAGGAAUGAUUUGUACUAUUGAUGCAGAAAUUCUAUUACAAAAUACUACUCUCUGUGAGAAACCGGAUUUCCCUUGUCUCAAAAUUGGAUCUCAAACUGGAGAAGCUUUGGUUAGAGUUUCGAUCAGUACUCAACAAUUGGAUGAUAUGGACGAUUUAAGAGAAAAAUUGAAAUUAUUAGCUCUACUUGAUACAAGUCUGAAAGUGAUGGAAUUGGAAAAUGGAGAAUUAGCAAUGGUGACAGCUGGAGAAGUACAUUUACAAAAAUGUAUCAAGGAUUUAAAUGAUUUGGGACUUGUGGAUUUAGAUGUCUCUGAACCAAUUGUUCCAUUUAUGGAGACUGUAAUUGAAGAUUCUGUACUCUCAGCACCACAAAUUAUUGAACAAGAGACCGAAUGCCGUAUUCGAGAAGCUUUAUAUAUCAAAUUGAGAGUUGUUCCAUUGGGAGAUGCCGUUGUCGAGUUGCUCGACAAAAAUUCUUCGUUAAUUUCAUCGAUUCGUCGAGGAGAAGCCGAUCAAACCGAAAUUGAUGAGUUCCAAAAAAGAUUUACAUCCGUUUGUCUGGAAACGCUUCCAACAUUGAAAGGAUCUUGGUGGUUUCGAAAACCGAAGGAAGUGAUUGAAUCAAUGAUUGAUCAAAUUUGGGCAUUUGGACCAGAAAGAGCAAGAGCCAAUAUUCUAUUCAAUAAUGUUCAAAAUUAUGAUAGAGAUUCCGUUUGGAGAAAAACAGAAUUUGGUGUUAGAAGAUAUGAUCAAGCACUUGUCGCUGGAUUUGAAUUAUUCUGUAAUACUGGACCACUUUGCAAUGAAAUUAUGCACGGAAUAGCAGUUAUUGUUGAAGAAUGGAAUGUUGAUGAAGAAGAUGGAGCUAUUGGAGGACAAAUGAUGACUGCAAUAAAAGCUUCAUGCUCUGCUGCUGCUAAAAAACUUGCACUCCGCCUUGUCGCUGCCAUGUACCGGUGUACUGUAACUACAGCCAGUCAGGCAUUGGGAAAAGUUCAUGCCGUUUUGUCACAAAGAAAAUCGAAAGUACUCUCCGAGGACAUCAAUGAAGCUACAAAUUUAUUCGAAGUGGUCUCCCUAAUGCCCGUCGUCGAAUCGUUCUCUUUCUGUGAUCAACUUCGCAAGUUCACAUCUGGAAUGGCUUCUGCUCAACUUCAAUUUUCUCACUGGCAAGUCAUUGACGAGGAUCCUUACUGGACGCCGUCUACAUUGGAAGAAAUUGAAGAAUUCGGAUUGAAGGGAGACAGUCCGAAUCAUGCAAGAGGAUAUAUGGAUGCAGUUAGAAGACGUAAAGGACUGCCAACCGAGGACCUGAUUGUGGAGUCGGCGGAGAAGCAGAGGAAUUUGAAAAAGAAUAAAUAAUUUUUUUUUAGUUUCGUGAUAUUUUUUGUUGUUUGAAUUUCCGGUUUUGACACAUUUUAAUCUUGUUGAUUGUUUUACUUGUUUUUUUUUGUUCGUUUUUUUCAAAGAAAUAAUUAAAUUGAAA